AAAAAAAAAGAGACAAAAUUUACAAUAACAACGGCGAAGAUGCAUCAAGAAAUGCGUUUUCGACUGGUCGUGAAGUCUGUAAUGACAAGACUCUCAAGCAUCUUAUUACUAGAGAAGACACCUUAUUCUAG